AUGGAGCACACAGAUAUCCUCAUUGUGGGCGCCGGCCCAACCGGACUCCAUCUUGCAUAUAACCUACGCCGACUCGGCGUCCCAUGCCGCAUCAUCGACCGAAGCCCCGAAAUAUCGCCCCACACCCGCGCUGUUGCCUUUACGCCGCGGACGCAGGAGAUAUUCGAACAGACUGGUCUCCUUCCCGUAUUUCGUCCAUUUAUGACACGCGCAUCCCAUUUCAAUAUGAUCGGGUUUGGCCGCAUUCGCAUGCAGAACCGUUUCAGUGCCCUGCCUUCCAAGUUCAAUUAUGCUGGAGUGCUUAUCCAGCCUGUAUUCGAGCAGGUCAUGACCACAGAGUUGCAGCGCGUUGGCGGCGUGUCUGUUGAGCGCAGCACCGAGCUGCUGUCGUUUUCCGUUAAUGACUCGGGCGUUACUGCAACGCUGGCCAGCACGUCCGAGCCCACAAAGGAAGCCGGUGAUGAAGAGCUCACCGUCCGGGCCAAGUUUCUCGUCGGCUGCGACGGCACGCACAGCACAGUCCGCAAGCAGAUGGGCUGGAAGUUCCUUGGCAAAUCCACUGGCAUACGCCAUGCACACGCCGACGUAGCCGUCGAGACAAGCAUACCGCACAUGUCAGAACCCAGCAUCGUUUGGAAUAACGUCGGGGCGUUGAUGAUUGUCCCUCUUGGUAACGGCAAGCAUCGCGUCACUGUCAGGAUCGACGGCUUGGUUCCCGACGGCGCGCCGAUUGAAGCUGAGGAGCUUCUCAACAUGGUCAGAGCACGCGUCGAGCCGCAGUUCUCUAUCCGGUUCAAACAGGUCGACCGGGUCACCACGUACGUGAUCCACGAGCGCAUGGCCGAGCGAUACAACGAUGGGCACGGGCGUGUGUUUAUCGCUGGUGACGCAGCGCACUGCCAUUCGCCAAUGGGUGGCCGUGGCAUGAACACGGGUCUGCAGGACGCCCACAACCUCGCGUGGAAACUGGCGCUGCUCUGUCACGGCGUCGGCGAUCACGCUGUGCUUGCCCAGUCCUUCGCGACGGAGCGCCGCCCGAUCGCUGAACAUAUCAUCGGAUACUCGGGAGCGCUAACUCGACAGAACUGGAACGCGUCGUGGCUCUCGCUGCGGAUCCGCGCGUAUUCACUGCCGCUUAUCCCAAAGUCGUGGAUAAACCGGCGCCAGCUGGAGAAUUCCGACCUGAUGUAUCGUUAUUCCGCCGGCAUGAACGAGAUGGUGCAGGUCGGUCGACGGCUGCCGUACGGGACGCUUCGCGACGCACUAUCCUGGCGGCGCACCAGCUUGCAGCUGCUUGCAGGCUCCGACGCCUUCUUCGGCAUGUUCGUGUUCGCUGCUCCGACCGAUAUUGCGCUGGCUGCGUCGCUGGCAUCGCUCUCGGCCGCGCUACGCUUGCUGCCGUGCGGGACGGACAAUAUCGUUCUGUCGCCGGUAGAGCUGGCGCAAGGCACCGACAAUGGGGACGCCGACAUGCGCCCGCGUCCCGUCAAGUUACUGUUUGCCAUCCGCGUUGUGGUUCCGUCCGGGUUCCCCGAUGUCGCCCACUCGCUCGGCGUCGACGGAGAAUGGCCCGCCAAGCGCGAGAGCAUUCUGGUGGUCACGCGGCCCGACGGCAUCAUCGGAUUUACCGCAACACUGAAGAGCGAGCAUGCCGCCACAUGGCGCGGACUCGAGGCGUACUUCUCAGGCUUCAUGUCGGCAUAG